UGUGGAACUCUUUUCAAUGACGUGUGUGAAAAGUUGAAAAGACAACCUGAUCGUUUUUCAGCCAGAUAAAAUACGUGUAUACUUUAUUGAUUGUAUCAAACUCACCGUGUUUUGGACGCCGUGGAGUAGAGGCGUAUUGCAAUGUCGUAUCGCUCUCGUCAGUUCGUAGUUAUUUAUGGCGUUUUAUGGUUCAUCGUAGCAGUUCUUACCAAGCCACCUAAAACCUUGUCUCGAAACGAAAGAUUUCCCAACAGAGAUGAGCUAGAUGUUUGUGGUACCAUCCGCGAUGUUAUCCUUCGCAAUUCAGGACGCUUCUUCAGGAUUUUGAUACGAAACACUAAUAAUGAAGUAGAGUAUGAAAACGAAGACGCUCGUUUUAUGACGUCUCGUGCAAAAAGCAAACUGGAUGUCCUCGCAUCUCUUGUAAACAAUGUAUUGAAAAGAGAGAAGGUGCGCGUGAUUCAAGCGUGGACAGAUCAAGUUCGUACAGAUGAUCCUAUUUCAUUGCAUUAUGAAGGUCGUUCUCUAAAACUUACGACUACAGGCGGAAAGCGUAACCUCGGGCGGCUGGCUGGCCUUGCCAUUGAAGCUGGUUUUGAUUGGGUCACGUUUGAUCAUCCGAAUUACAUACGGGCAUCUGUUAUCCCGGAUGUUUGUCAGACGUCCAUUGACAUUGUUUUUCUCCUGGACAACUCCGGUAGUGUCAAAAAAGAUAAUUUCGAAAAAGUGAAGGAGUUUGUGAAGCACGUAAUCAAUUUUUUUAACAUUGGAGUCAACGGUACACAUGUUUCAGUCGUCACAUAUGAUAGUCAUGUAAAUAUUGCCUUCAAACUUCGUCAGUAUUUUAAAAAAACCCAGCUUAGGAAUGCGGUGGAUGAUAUCGAGUAUCGCGGUUUUCUUACUUACACUGGUGAAGCUUUGAAUGCAGUACGCCAGCGUGUGUUGACAAAGGAGGCUGGAAUGCGUGUUGAUGAUGGUAUUCCAAAGAUUUUAAUUCUUUUGACCGACGGUCACUCGAACGGCAACGUUAAACCAAUCAUACCAGCCACUAAGUUACGAACGGCCGGCGUAAGUAUCUUUUGUAUUGGCGUUGGUGAUUCCAUAUCACAAACAGAACUACGAGAGAUUUCCUCUGAUCCUGACGAAGAUUAUGUUUUUACUCUGAGUAAUUUCAAUGAACUUGCGAGUUUCGUGGAUCGCGUCAGCUCCGUUUCCUGUGGUGAGGGUUCUUCGAUCGAUUCGUGCAAAGUGGCAAAAACGUCAGUCGAUAGCGGUUCUUUUAAAUAUUUUCGUACAACGUUUGUCGUCGUGACGAGCUCCGAGGUCAGCAUUGAAAUCAGGGAUUUGAAAGGUGUGAGCCAUUUGUACGCAUCUUCCGAGAGUAAGAAUCCCGGACCUUUGGAUACAGCUAGCGUUAAAAAUGAAGAGAAUACCUCGCCUAAAGCUGUGUCCGUUGUUGUUGACAACACCACUAAGACGGUAUAUGUUGCCGUACAAGGACAAGCUGCCGUAAACGAGUUUACUCUUUCCUUUUGGGAUAACUUGUUUGCAAAUAGUGGAAAAUUUCAAGUGAAUGUGACUGAAGGUGGAAAUGCUGGUGAAAUACUAAAAUUGAGUAUGGUACCAAACCUUUACAAUUUGACUUUCCAAAUAUCCGACGGAAACAAGUCCAUUUUCUCCGUUACUUCAUCGGCACCCAAUUUAUCAACGAUGAAAGCAUUGGAUUAUGAAACGGCGAAAAAACACACCGUUGUCGUUGUUGCAAUUGAUACGUUGAAUCCUUGUCAUAAGAGCCGUGCACUCGUUAUUGUCAAUGUCAUUGACAUUAAUGACAACAGUCCAAAAUUUGACAAGAAUAGUUACACUGCCAGUGUUCCUGAGAACUCGAGGGCUGGAACUCAUGUUAUAAAGGUGUCUGCCACAGAUGCAGAUUCUGGCGAUAAUGGACGUAUUACAUAUACCAUUACAUCAGGCAGUCAAAAUGGUUUGUUUAAAAUCGACGCUGAUGGUGAUGUCACUGUGCAUGGUUCUUUGGACUUUGAAUCGACGCGUAAAUACACGUUGAUCAUCAAGGCAGAGGAUAACGGUCAACCAAAUCGUCGUUCCAGCUCUGUCCAGUUGGUUGUACAUGUCACAAAUGUUAAUGAAGCACCGAAGCUGAGUUGUAGUGCCAACUGUAUUUAUACGGUAUCAGAAGAUUCUAGAAAUGGUACGAACGUCGGCAAGUUAAUCGUCAAUGAUCCAGAUAAAUAUGCAAACUGUACCUUUCGGUACAAUGUUCCAUUAGUAGAAGCAGAAAAGUUCAGCAUUGACAGCAAUGGAGAUUUGCUAACCAAGGCUGCGCUUGAUCGCGAGACACAGGCACAAUAUAUGUUUUACAUCACUGUCAAAGAUUGCGGGUUGCCACCGCUGACUGAUAGUAUUCGUGUGCUCAUUACAGUUAGUGACGUGAACGAUAACAGCCCAAAGUUUUCCGGUCCUUAUAAGGUUAAUGUACCUGAAAGUGAAGCAUCUGGCACCCCUAUCUUACAGGUUCAAGCUUCAGACGAUGACGAAGGUGUUAAUGCUGAGCUCAAGUUUUCUUUAACUGGAGUGGAUUCAAGCAAAUUUAGUAUCAACGAAGACACCGGGACUAUAACAAUAACUGGUACACUGGACUACGAAGUGAAGAAGAGUUACGUUUUAACUGCCAUUGUGCGCGACCAAGGACCUGGGAACAAUAAUGCUUCUGAAAUGGUCAUUGUGAAUGUAACAGACGUGAACGACAACAAACCUGUGUUCCAAGGAACGCCAUAUGUCGUGCAAGUGUUGGAAAAAUCUAGCAUUGGCACAUUCGUUAUAAAUGUGAACGCUACGGAUAAGGAUUCUGGUGUCAAUGGCGAAGUAAAGUACUCCGUAAGCUCAGGAAAUAGUGAUGGUGCUUUUCAAAUUCACACUGAUACUGGUGUUAUAACAGUUGCCUCGACAUUGGACAGGGAAACAAAAUCUUCGUAUUCGUUGGUUGUGCAAGCUAAGGAUUCUGGUUCGCCAUCACUCAGUACUGUGACAACAGUGAAGAUUAACGUUGGCGAUGUCAAUGACCAUUCUCCAGUCUUUCAAGGCACACCGUAUUCGGUCUCUGUUCCCGAGAAUUCUGAUAUCAAAAAUCCUUUGAUUACGGUAUCUGCUACAGAUGAAGAUAAUGGCGUGUUUGGUAGUAUAACCUAUAGCAUCAAUGCUCCUUUGGAUGAAACAUUUUCUGUAGAUGCAAAUGGUAGUAUUCGCAGUUCAACUCCAUUGGAUUACGAAAAAGUUACUUCUUACACUCUUACGGUGGUAGCAACUGACGGAGGUGGGUUAAAGACCUCCACAAAUGUCUCGAUUAGCGUCACAGAUGUCAAUGAUAACGCUCCCAAAUUCGAUCGCAAUCCAUACAAUGGGUCCGUCAGCGAGAAUCUUGACUCUAACCACGUGGUUGGCACGGUCAUAGCACAUGAUGCAGACUCGGGUCAAUUUCAGUCCUUGACAUAUUCUAUCGUAGGAGGAAAUGUUGGUAACGCAUUUACGAUCAACGCUAAUGGUGAGGUGAUCGCUAUAGUAAGACUGGAUCGCGAGACCCUUAGUUACUACAAUCUAACGAUUCAGGCUCAAGAUGGUGGAUCUCCUCCUUUGGUCAACACAACGCAAAUGAAUAUUAUUGUCUUAGAUGAAAAUGACAACGCUCCAACGUUUGAUAAGUCGCGAUAUUCUUUUACAAUAAGGGAGAAUAAUGAUCCUGGUGUGGAGAUUGGUCGUUUUGGUCCGGCUGUUGACGAGGAUGAUGGACGAAAUGGAGAAAUUUUUUACACAAUCACCAAUGGUGACCUGUUUGAUAACUUUGAGUAUGAUUCUACUGGAAUUCUCAAAGCUAAGAAGGUUUUAGACCGGGAGAGUGUCAGCAGUUAUUCUCUAGAAGUGACGGCAACUGAUCGAGGCGAUCCCAUGUUAUCCUCCUUUACCACUGUUGAAGUAAUUAUCUUGGAUGAAAACGAUAACGCACCGAAGUUCCUCGAGAAUCCAUACAACUGUACUAUUGAUGAAAAUUCCGCCAUUAAUUCUCGAGUUUGUAGCGUACGCGCUUUGGAUGACGACUUUGGCGAAAAUGCUUCUAUUUCGUAUGAGUUAGCCAGGCAAAACUCUAGAUUUAGCGUCGAUAAGGACAACGGCGAAAUAAAGGCCUUGGUAAGUCUGGACAGGGAAGAAACAUCCAGCUACGUGCUUGAGAUCAUCGCAAAAGACGGGGGAUCACCUAGUAAAAGCUCCAAUGUUAUCGUUAACGUAAUUGUAAAUGAUCUAAACGAUAAUGAACCAAGAUUUAAUCAGUCCUCCUUCAGUUUUGAUGUCAGUGAGGAUGCUUCCUUGACUACGAUGGUUGGGCGAGUUUUUGCCAAUGAUAAAGAUGAAGGAUUGAAUGGUGAAAUCAUCUUUACCAUCACAAAUAUCAAUACAUUUUCCAUCCAUCCUUCGACUGGUGUUAUUGCGGUGAACUCGUCGCUAGAUCGGGAGGCCGUCGCCAGCUACCGUGUUACUGUGAGAGCCAGCGAUCGUGGAACGCCGAGUCAGUCGUCAAGCAUUGACGUCACCAUAAAAGUGACGGACGUUAACGACAAUAAACCGAUGUUCACCAACGAUCCAUAUCAAGGAGUGAUUGCUGAAGAUGUUUCCAUUGGCUCGUUUGUUGUUCAGGUUAUGGCGACAGACAGAGAUGAAGGAAUCAAUCGUCAAAUUGAGUACAGUAUUACAGGAGGAGACAAUAGUGAUCAUUUUAAUAUCGAUAAAGAUAAUGGUUUUAUCGUUACCGCCAGCAAGAUUGACUAUGAAUCCCAAAAACAUUAUCUACUUACUAUUAAAGCGAGUGACGGUGGUAAUCCAUCACUGAAUGAUACAGCUCUGGUCAACAUUACGGUGGAAAAUGCAAACGACAACGCUCCUAUCUUUGAACCUGGUUCACCUGUUCUAUAUGUUAGCGAGUCAGUUGCCAUUGGAACGAAUGUUGUGAAAUUUAAUGCGACCGAUGUAGAUGGAAGCCCUUUAACUUUCAUGUUAACAUCUGGAAACACCGACUAUGCGUUCAGUAUAAAUGGUAGCACUGGUGUAUUGAUUACAAACACGACCUUGGAUAGGGAGACUGUGCCGGUCUAUAACAUCACCAUCAAAGUGACAGACAAUGGAGAUCACAGCUCAUCGCGUAAUGUCAGUGUCAUUGUGACAGAUGUGAACGACAAUGGACCGAUAUUCGAUCCAUCGACAUAUGCUGUCAAUGUGACCGAGAACGCACCAGCAGACGUCAUCGUUAGAGUGUCAGCAACAGAUAGCGAUGAAGGAGAUAAUGCAAAGAUUGUGUAUUCUCUCGAUUCAAUAUCAACUGAAAAAUUCUCCGUCCAUUCUUCGACUGGCGAUAUUUCUACCAAAUCACCUUUGGACCACGAAGAAAGAUCUAGUUACAGAAUCAUCGUGACCGCAAGGGACUCUGGGCUACCGGUGCAAUCGUCCAGCGCGACAGUUAUGGUUACAGUAAAAGAUCUCAACGACAAUCCUCCUAGCUUCACACAUGACUACUCUGCGUCAUUUCGUGAGAAUACCGAGGGUAUCGUGGUGAGAGUCAGCGCAAACGACCUGGAUUCAGGCCUAAACGGAGAGAUUGAAUAUAGUAUUAGCAGUGGGAACGAUGAAGGGUUUUUUUCAGUGGGCAAAUCUGAUGGUGAAAUUGAAGUGAAUCGAACAAUAGAUCGAGAACGAAAUCCAUCAUUCACCCUUAUCAUCACAGCUAGCAAUAAAGUUCCACUUGAUCCCUCGGUACCUUCAACCAAGAGUACAUCAAAGGUUUUUAUAACAAUUGAUGAUCUCAACGAUAACGCUCCCAACAUCACGACAAAUCAAAGUAAUGUAUAUAUUGAAGAGAAUUCUCCGAAAAAUACGUUUGUAAUUGACGUGGAUGCUGUCGAUAAAGACAUCGGAAUGAAUAGUGAAAUUGAGUAUGAAAUAGUAGAUGGAAAUAUUGAUGAUGCGUUUGCAAUAAAUACGAGCAGCGGUAUCAACGCUCCAUUGGGUACACGGGUACAUCAGGCGGUAGCUAGGGAUAUUGAUAUUGGCCCCAAUGGUCGUGUAUCGUACGAAAUUAUCAAUGGCAAUGCCGAUGGUUUGUUCAAGUUAGAAAAUAUUUCUGGAGUUUUAACAGUAAACGGGAGUAUAGAUCGCGAAAGCGAACCAAGUUUCAGAUUGGAAAUCGUCGCGAGAGACAUGGGUACGACUCCUAUGCAGUCAUCUCCCAAUCAGAUCCUAGAGAUAACUGUAAUUGAUACAAACGACAACCCUCCACGCUUCCUGCAGAAUGGUUACCAUCGCAAUAUUCCCGAAAGCACUUCGGUUGGUCAGUUUGUUGUCGAGGUGCAAGCUAAGGAUGAUGAUUUGGGUUUGAAUGCCAAGAUAGUUUAUGGUCUUGUAAAUGGGACGCAGUAUUUUCAUAUCCGUAACGAGACAGGCGUGAUUACAACAUUGAUUCCGUUAGAUCGUGAAAAAACAUCGUCAUACACACUUCUGGUUAUUGCUAAAGAUCUUGGAACACCGUCACUGAACGCCACAACCCCCCUGAUUGUGAAUGUUUCGGACAUAAACGAUAACCCCCCUAUAUUUGAUCCCAACUCUCUUCAUGGUAAUGUCACCGAAGAGCGAAAGGGGGGAGAGUUUGUGACACGACUUGUGGCAACAGACUCCGAUAUUGGCCUGAAUGCUGAAAUUGUGUACAGCCUAGACUCGUUUGCUCAGACGUUCUUACAUGUGCAUCCGCUGACUGGGAAUGUCACCACUCGUGGGCCUUUCGAUUUUGAAAUGAAAAGAAACUAUACGUUUAAUGUUAUCGCCAGCGAUAAAGGUAAUCCUUCCAGAUCCACGACUGCCAAACUGUUCGUUGCCAUCAUCGACAUUGAUGAUAACUGUCCAGUCUUCGAUCCAAAAGAAUAUAAUGUGACGAUAACUGAAAGUAGGCCAUUGAAUGAAACUAUCGUAACAGUCUAUGCUACCGACGUUGAUACGAACAGUGGGGAUCUUAUCUAUAAUAUCCGGUCGGGGAAUGUCGACAGUACGUUCAAAUUUGAAAUAGGAACAGGUAUUUUGAAAUCUAGAAUUCCUGCUGAUCGUGAAACGGCAAAGGAAUUCAACAUGAUUGUUGGCGCUGGUGAUCAGUUCUGUGGAGCAAACGCCACAUUGGGUCUUCCUGAAACAAGCGAGGAUACACUGUCGAAUUCCAUCGCUAGCGUAAACAUUUUUCUCACUGAUCUCAAUGAUAACGCUCCAGUUUUCCAAACAAGCUCUUACAAUUAUGAACUGAAGGACGUCAAUGUUUCCUACGUGUUGACUGUGACUGCAAGGGAUCCUGACGAGGGCAUCAAUGCCGAGUUUGAUUUUGGAUAUGGAGGAGUAACUAGGAAUGGUUGGAAACAUACUUUGAACGUGACUGCAACGGAUAAAGGUGUUCCGCAAAUGAAGUCUUAUGCAGCCGUUGAAGUUAAUGCUGUGAAUUGUGGUACGUUGAGAUUGGCUGUGUCACCUCAAGGCAACGUUACUGUCAAGACAUUGUGUAGUUUUGACAAGUUAGUGAAGACUGGUAUGGAGUUAAUUGGCAAUACCAUCAAGUUUGAAUGCAGUGCAGUUGGAAAUACCGUACCUCAGUACAGAUGGUUGAAAGAUGGUAUUUACGUGAGUGCGUUGAAUUAUUCUGGUGUUUUCGUGAUCGAUUCUUUACGAAAAACCGACGCUGGCUUGUACUCGUGUAUAGCAUUCAGUGAAGUCGGAAAUAUUAUCUCAAAUACCCUCAAUCUAAAUGCCUACGCCCCUGCAAAGAUCAGAGUCCCGCCACAAAACACGUGGGUCGAAGAGGGACAGAGAGCCAGACUACGUUGCUUGGCAAGUGGGGACGAGACCAUCACAUAUACUUGGUAUAAAGGUGGUACCUUGGUCUUAUUGAAUUCUCACUUGACUUUCAACAAAGGCGAAGUGAUCUACUUUCAAACCAUAAAGGCAGAUGAAGGGAUGUUUCAUUGCCGCGUCCAAAAUCAGCAUGGAUCUGAUAUUUCUAAAAGUGCAAUGCUUAAUGUUUACAGCCGAUCAGCUAUCGUUGACAUUUCUAUUGAAGUAAACAAUUACCGACGAGCGGAAAAUUGUCAUUUCAUCAACAUGACAGCCAUAAAGGAAACUCUUGACGAAUUGGUCGUUGGAUCUGUUAAUGUCGUGGAAUUCAAGAAACCAUCAACAAUGUGUAAUGUCACCGCGUGUUUAUCAAAUCCAUGUCAAAAUCGAGGUCAGUGUAGUGUUCAAGGUUCUGGCUAUUCCUGUCGAUGUCAACCUGGCUGGAGUGGCAAGAAUUGCGAAAAAGAUAACAACGAAUGUGAAUUAGACUUGUGUCAAAACAAUGGCACCUGUGUGAACAGAAAUGGAAGCUUUUCGUGCGAAUGUCAUGGUAACGAAACUGGUAAAUUGUGUCAGUUUGACCACAAGGUUUGCAAUGGAAAAUGUGUCGCUAAUGAAACAUGCUAUCCAAAAGAGAAUGAACAAGGCUACGAAUGUCUCGAAAAUGCAUUGAAGGUCUCUGUAGUGUAUGAAUUAGAAAGCCAUCAGUUACCUUUCCAAAACUGGAUGAUAUACGAUAUAGCGCAAAGCAUUGAAAAUGUCAUAUUUUCAAAUGAUGUUCAGAGGAUUUCAUCGAACAAUCAAGUUUCUCGACAACGACGUCAAGCGUCCUCUCGGACGAUCGACUAUGGCGCAUGCUCAGUACGCAUUCAGAAUGAUUUCAAAGUUGACGAUAAAGUUUUGUCCUUGGAAGUAGUAUUGGUUUGUAAGAAUUCACCUGACAGUUCCUUCGUCUGCAGAGCCAUGAGUGGUGAUGGAAAAAUUCAGUCGUGUAAGGGAAAUAAUGGAACGGAUUUUGUGCGACCGAAUACAACCAAAGAACCUGAUCUUCCAUCACUACCGUUGAGUUUUGCAUUUAUUGUUCGCGACUCGAGCAACGGAGAUGUACAAGCUGAUGAUACCGUCAGUGCUCUGAUGGAGAUGAAAGUUUUUGAGAAACUUAAUAAAGAUGGCAUGGAAGUUACAGACAUUAGAGCUCGCUUCUCCCCAGUAAGGCAAAACAAGAUUCAAGUGGUCUGUCUGUUGCCGCUAUCGUUGGCAUUGUUGUUGGCAGUCUCAUUGUUCUUUUAGUUAUUUUUAUGAUGUUGUUUUUGCUCAUGAAAACGAGGCGAUUUAAGCAAAAAGAGAUCAGUGUGAGAGGUAAGUCUGUUGUAGUUACGACAAGAGGCAACGAAAGCACUCGUCUCACACGAAGGCAAAUUUACAUGAACGAAAUUAAACAUGCAGAAAUUCGUGGAGUCCGCAAUAAAUUAUUUGAUGGUGUAAACGCAACGGAUAGACGCGAGUCGGACGUGGAAUAUGGUGGCUCAUUCAUGGUGGAUAUUCCAAAAACCAUUUCGAAGUUGAAUGUUACGCA